AUCCCAUCUGGGUCUAUCUCUAUUUGGAGCAGAUGUGGGGAUAGGGGGGUAGACUGAAUGGGGGGGGGUGUUAUGCCAGGAUUAAGUGUAUCUGAGGUGGGGGUGGUGCUUAGAGAGCGAGAAGGGGCAGGGCCCCUUUGCCUACGUCCAGGAGCCAGCCUAUGACGUUGGUUAAAGAGAAAGGGAAAAUAACUGAGAUAGAUCGAGCCUGAGACAGAGAUAGAGAUGGAGAGAGCAAGGAGAAAAGGCAUGGUUCCAGCACACAAAAAGAUAAUAAUUCCCCCAGGUUGGAGCCAGCUUCUUCCCAGAGUUUCCUGAACUGCUCUAAGGUGGCCUGGAUACUGAAGUCUCUCAGAGGCUGGGCAAUCCAUUGAAGUUGGUAUGAGGUUGGGCAUCAGAGCACAGGUGAUGCCCCCUGCCAUUUGGGGACUACUGAGCUGGUGUUUCUAUGACUGGGUCCUGGGUAGUCCCCGGGACCCUCGAUCUCUACCCCCCCUGACUUCCCAAGGCAAACUAGGAUCUGUGCCCUCUUGGGCACCCCCAGAAGGGGCAGGGGCAGCUUUGGCUUUCCUUUACUCUGGAGAUGCCCAGAAACUGGCUGGAGCCAACUGCAGUAGGCGCUAUGAGGCACAAGGAUCAGGGAGCAGCCUGGGACUCCCCCCAGUCCUGCAGGGAGCUGCAGGAACUUUGGCACAAGCUGCAAAUUUCCUCAACAUGCUGCUCCAAGCCAAUGACAUCCGAGAGUCCAGUGUGGAAGAGGAUAUAGAAUGGUACCAAGCAUUGGUACGAAGUGUGGCUGAGGGUGACCCAAGGGCAUACCGGGCAUCACUGAUUUUCAAUCCAGCUCCUGGUGCUUCCUUGCCUCAGCUGGCACUUCAGGCCACCAGAAAAGGAGAGGAGACCCUCUUGCAGGAUUUAUCAAUGACCAGAGUCCAGGAAGCAAGCCUAGCUGGUGUUGGAGUUACUGUGGCCUUAAGAAAGCGAGUGCUGAGCAAUGACCUGGGCAGCUUGGACAGCCCCAAAUGGCCACGGGGAGAUGGGUACGUAGGUGACACAAGUCAUGUUCGCCUCUCACCCCCCUUUCUGGAGUGUCAGGGGGGUCGACUCCGACCUGGAUGGCUAAUUGAGCUUUCAACUACCUUCUAUGGGCUCAAGCCGGAUCUCAGUCCUGAGGUCAGGGGUCUGGUGCAGAUGGAUGUUGAGCUUCAGAAUGUGGACAUCGAUCAAUGUGCCAGUGGCCCUGGUUGGUUCUCCAAUACACACCAGUGUGACCUCAAUAGCACCCAGUGUGUACCUUUGGAGAGUCACGGCUUCAUCCUUGGACGCUACCUCUGCCGCUGCCGACCGGGCUUCUAUGGACCCAGUCUCCCCAUGGGGGCAGACAAGAGCAUUGCAGAAUCUAUGGGACAGUAUGGAGCCCUGAGAAGCAAUUCUGGCCGACUGCUUCGAUGCCAGCCAUGCCCAGAGGGCUGUGCCAGCUGUGUGGAUGCCUCACCAUGCCUGGUGGAGGAGACACAGGUGCUCAGAGCAGCUGUAUUGGUUUGCCAAGCCUGUUGCAUGCUGGCCGUCUUUCUCAGCAUGCUGAUUUCCUACCACUGCCGCAGGAGCAAGACGAUUCGAUCAUCUGGGGUCAUAUUACUGGAGACCAUCCUCUUUGGAUCUCUGUUGCUCUACUUUCCUGUCUUCAUCCUCUACUUCAAGCCAAGCAUAUUCCGCUGCAUUGUUCUUCGGUGGGUGCGGCUGCUUGGCUUUGCUAUUGUCUAUGGCACCAUCACGCUCAAGCUGUACAGAGUACUACAAUUGUUCCUGUCCAGAACAGCCCAGCGGGUUCCCCACCUGAGCAGUGGCCAGCUGCUGAGGCGCCUUGGACUUCUCUUGCUCUUGGUUCUGUUUUUUCUGGCAGCCUGGACAAUAGGCACCUUGGAGAGGGGAGUCCAUCAUGCACCCUUGGUUAUUCGUGGUCACACAUCUGCUGGCCGUCACUUUUAUCUCUGUCACUAUGACCGCUGGGACUACAUCAUGGUUGUGGCUGAGAUGCUUCUCCUUUGUUGGGGUAGUUUCCUCUGUUAUGCUACCCGGGCAGUGCCCUCUGCCUUUCAUGAGCCACGAUACAUGACUAUCGCUCUACACAAUGAACUUCUGGUUUCUGCUGCCUUCCAUGCAGCCAGGUUCAUCUUGGUCCCCUCCUUACACCCAGACUGGACCCUCCUCCUCUUCUUUAUCCACACUCAUGGCACCGUCACCACAACUCUGGCUCUGCUCUUUAUCCCCAAGUUCCUGAACCCAGGCGCCCUUCCUCGGGAAGAGAUUGCAGCUGAAGUCUAUGAGGAUGAGCUGGACCUACAAAGAUCAGGCUCCUGCUUCAAUAGCAGCAUUGCUUCUGCCUGGAGCGAUUGCAGUCUUGAUGCUGGAGACAUUCGGGACGAGUUAAAGAAGCUCUAUGCCCAGUUGGAGGUCCACAAAACCAAAAAGAUGGCUGCUAACAACCCUCACCUGCCCAAGAAGAGAGGCAGUUCCAGAAGGGGAUUGGGCCGCUCUUUUAUGAGGCGCCUGGCUGAGUUCCCUGAGGCCGUGGCUCGUCGGGACCCCAGCUCCCCAGGCCGGGGCAGCUUUCCUCGUUCUUCUCGGCGGCGGCUCCUCAGUUCUGGGGUCCAGACACCUGAGAGACCACCACCCACUUUGCGCAAAUCCCACAGCACCUAUGACCACCGGAGGGACCAAGACCCCCCACUCCUUGAUUCUCUUCUCCGGAGGAAGCUGGCAAAGAAGGCCUCAAGAGGGGGAAGCCGAGACUCCAUGGAAGUGCCUCCCCCACUCGGCUUCCGGUCAGCCAGUGCCCACAACCUGACCGUGGGAGAGAGGCUACCCCGGGCACGGGCCGCCUCUCUGCAGAAAUCGCUCAGUGUGGUAGCUGGCUCUAGGGAGAAGGCACUGCUCCUGGCCAGCCAAGCCUACCUGGAAGAGAGCUAUAGGCUGGCUCGAGAGCGGGAGGAGAGGCGCAAGGCAGGGGCAGGCAGUCUGGCCAGGAGGCCAUCAGCCAGACGACUGGAGCGGACUCGAGGAGAUUCCCUGUCACCUCCUCCAUCACCGGCCAAGAGCAACAGCGUAGACAGCUCCCAUGCCUCUGGGAAGCUUCAUGAGCCAGGCGGGAGGUGGCCACCACCCUCGCCUAUGAGGCAUCAGAUCUCCACACCCAUCCUGGCUUUAGGGGGGCCGUGCCUAGGAGAUUCACAGACACUGUCCCCUACCUCAACUUUGUCUCCAGCUCCAGUCCCUGCCCCACCCCCAAUACCAGCCCCAGCUCGAGACCCCAGCUUGCUGACCUAUGUCUGCCCCUGGGAAAAUGCAGAACUACCAGUCAGGGUGGAAAGUACAAGCCAGGAACCUGCUCCUGGGACAGGCAGGGGGCACAGUCAUCCCCCAGCUAGAGUCCGGCUUCUGAAAGCCCUCUCUGUGGCAAUGGUAGUGGAGAAGCGAGGAGCUACAGAGGGUGUGGAGGCUGGAAUAGAACACCCAGAGGGAGACGUCCAUGACACUGAUGAUGAAAGGCUUAGGAUCUUUCCCAAAUCCCAUAGCCUCAAAACCCCCAUCCAACAGGGCUCCAUGAGGAACCUGGGACUAGCCAUUAAGGCUCUAACUCAGUCCCGGAGCAGCUACAAGGAGAAAGAAAACGGGCUAGACAGUUCUGAAAAGGUAGGGAAGGGGAAGGCUUUUGGAGAGGGUACAGGGUUGGCUGCUAGAACUCUUCGAGCCGGCCGGCCCAAACCUGUGAGCAAACAAGCAGCCUUGGCUACUUGUGAUGACGAGGAGUCUCUUCAGAACCAGCAGAACACUCACACCAGUAAAAUGCUGGGUGUCUGUCCCCAGGAAGGGAGCAAGGAGCAAGAGGGCAAGAGCAGGGGACUUUCCCAGGACGCCGAGAAAGCAAAGUGGAAGGGGGUUGCCACUCCAAGGCAGGUUAGACGGGAUCCUGUCAGCAGGAACAGAGAGGCUGAGACAACUGAGAUAACCUCUGGGAGAGAAAGAGGACUAAGAGGGAGAUAUGAGGAUCCCGUUAAAGUUUGUCCCCAGCCGCCAGACAGCAUAGAUAGCAGAACAGCUGAAAUAUGUCCGUGGGAAGCUCCAGAGCUAGAAGCUGAUAGACCAGGCAGCCUAAAGGCAGAGGCCUCACCCUGGCACAUGAGUAAAGGAACUUUUGGACAGAGAUCACUGGAGGAAAAGAAGAAAACCCUUGAAAAAUCAGGAUCCAAAAGAAUGAUAGUCAUGGCUCAGAAAAAGCCUGAGCAGCUGCUGCAGGAUCAAGAGGCAGUCUGUCCCCGGGACAGCACAGACGUAGGAGGCCUCCCACCCCAACCAGGUCCUCAGCACAAUGACCACCCCAAAGAUGGUCACCAGGUACUGGGCAGCAUAGGAAGAAGAGCAGCAGAAGUAUGUCCGUGGGAAGUAACUGAGGUGGAAGCUCACAAACAAGAGAGCACCAAGGCAGAGAUUUGUCCCUGGGAAGUGAGUGAUGGAACAAGAGAUGAAGAAAAAUUGUCACAAGAGAUAGAUAGGCACUCGCUGGAAGAAAAGCAGACUUUCAGGAAAGAAAUGCUUUGGAAAGAUGAAAAGAAACUGGAUCAAGAAUGGGAAUCUCUCUGCCCAUGGGAAAGUACAGAUUUUAGGGGUCCCUUAGCCAGCUCAACUCAGACCCCAGGGACCUCAGAGUUCUCAGGGAGCGUGGGAAACAAAGUAGCUGAAGUGUGUCCAUGGGAAAUGGAAGAAGAUUUGUCUAGCAGCAGAAAAGACAAGGUCUGCACCUGGGAGAUGAACAAAAUGGUUGGAAAAUGGACAGCAGGCCAAGAAGCAGAUGGAGACUUACUACAAGAAAAGCAAAAAGUCUCUGGAAAAGAGAGCUAUGGAGAGGCUGGAGAUUCUACCUGGAAAGAAACUGAGAAACAAGAAAGGGAGGCAGCCUGUCCUUGGGAAAAUAUAGACCCAGAGGCCUGUUCUCUAGAGUCAGACCCUGCUAAACACCCUGGCCUUAUGGGGAGUAGAACAGCAGAGGUCUGUCCAUGGGAAGCCCUUGAACCAAAUAUAAAUAAGACAGAGCUUGCUAGAGAGAAAAUCUAUCCCUUGGAGAUGAGUAAAGGAGCAGCAGAGAAAAGGUCUCUUGAAAAGGAUAAAGAGGAAUUCAAAGGGGCAACUACUGUAGCUUCUAAAAAGUUAGAUGUGCUGAUUGAGACACAGGAAGCAGUCUGCCCCUGGGAGAUCUCUUCUCCCAAGACAGAGCCUCAGAAAACAGGUCAACCUAUGGACAGGUCUCAGGUCUCAGGCAGUAUGGAGAACAGGGCAGCUGAGGUCUGUCCAUGGGAAGUGCAGACUAUAUCACCUGAGACAGUAGAGCUAGCCUGGAAGCCAAUGGAUACAAGAGAGAAAAACACAUUGGAAACUGAGGUAGCUAAGGAUUCCCAGGGGGGUACAGAAAAAGGGCCCAGAAAAUCCAAAGAAAUAGUUGUACUUGCUCGGGAAAAGGCAGAGAGGCUAAUAUCAGAGAGGGAGGCAACUUGUCCCUGGGAGACCUCGGACCCAGGGGACUUCUCCCAAGCCACUGGUCCACUCAAAGCUGGUUUUCAGGUAGUAAACACUGUGGGGAGCAGAACAGCUGAUGUAUGUCCAUGGGAAGUGGAGGCAGUGUUACCCAAUGUAAAGGCAGAAAUCUGUCCCUGGGAGGUAAACAAAGAAACAACUGAGAAAGAGGGCCUGAGACAGGAGAAAGAUGGGAAAUCCAAGGAGGCUAGGGGAACAGUUCUGGAAAAGGGGAGCUCUGAAGAGCUGAGAGGCAAAGCAUCAAAACAAGCUGCAAAAUCAAUUCAAGAGCAGGAAUCUGGUUGUCCUUGGGACAAUAGUAUGCACUUGAGGAGUCCCUCAGCUCUAGCCCCAGUGACCUCACAGUCAUCUGACAGCAAAGUAGCUGAGGUGUGUCCCUGGGAAGUGGAAGAGGAUCCUUCCAAUAAUAAGGCAGAGAUCUGUCCCUGGGAAGUGAGUGACAAAACAAUAGAGAAAGGGAGAUGGGGACAGGAAACAGAUGAGGGAAACCUACAGAAAGAUCAGGCAACCCUUGAGAAGGAGAUAUCUUUAAAGACUCAAGAUCACACUUCUAAAGAAGGAAUCAAACUCAGUGGAAGGAGGGAAUCCAUCUGUCCAUGGGAAGAAUCAGAUUCAGGGGAUCCAUCCAUCCAAGCAGAUGAUCAAGGCAUUGUCAGCUCCCAAGUACUUGGCAAUGUGGGGGGUAGGGUGACUCAGGUGUGUCCUUGGGAAGCCCCUGAGCCAGAAGUUGGUACUACAGAAAGCAACAUGACAGAAAUAUGUCCCUGGGAAAUGAGUGAAAGACCAAUUGAGAAACUGACAGAGAGGGAGGAUCAAGACAGAGAAUCUCAAGAGGAAAAAAGAAAACUCUCUAAAAAAUCACAAACCCAAGCAGCUGCUGUCACUACACAUAAAAAACAAGGGAGGCUAAUCCGAAAGCAAAAGACAGUUGAUCUAUGGGAGAGCACAGACCUGGGGGAUGCCCCCUUCCAACCAGAUCCUCAUGACACUGCUGAACUCAAAGCUGGUUCCCAGGAAUUAGAAGGUGUGGGGGGUAAAAUAAGUUCAGGCAAAGCAGAUCUUCAACACAAUCGGAAAGCAGAGAUCUGCCCCUGGGACAUGAGUAAAGAAGCAGCAGAGAAAGGGGGAUUGGUAGAGGGCACAAAUGUAGAAUCCCAAGAACAGAAGGGAAAAACAUCCAGAAAAGAGAGAUCCAGAGAACCUGGAGAACAUGUAUCAGAAACAGAGAAACUCAGCCAAGAAGUCUGUCCUUGGGAGAAUAUAGCCCCAGCAGGCCUUCAGCCAGACAAUCCCCAAAUCACUUGCCAGGGCAGUAUAGAGAACAUAACAGCAGAGGUAUGCCCAUGGGGAGGUAUGGAAGUAGAAGGAAUUAAAAUGGAGAGUAUCACAGCAGAGACCAGAGCUCGAUCUAGGAAACCUGCCUCUCAGGUUUCAGAAGAAACUAAAGCAGAAAUUCCCCCAACAGUCCAAGAGAAACCAUUUAGCCAUUCAGUCCACAGACCUCGGGGGUGUCUUCCUCCAGAAAGCAAAGUUUCUGUCCCUGUGGUCAGUGUCAGUUCUCUUGAAAAUGAUGGAGGAACCCAAAAUGUUUCAGAGGAAAAGCCAGAGGCUGGCCCAACCUCAGAGAAGAGUAUUCAAGAAGUCAAAGGUCAACAGCCUCCCUCCUCAGCAGGAGGCCAAGGAACAUCAUCCCCUGAGGUUCAAACCAGGGACUCAACCUCAUCAGCUGUCUCUCCUUAGAAAUGACUUCUUCAAAUUGGCCAAAUGGGUUACAAGAUGUACAAAGAUGCUCUUUUUGGGAAUAAGUGUCUUGGAGUGGGAAACGAUUGUGAUAGAAGAUAUCAAUAAAACAUUUUUUAAAAAGUAAGAGUAAA